GUGACCGGUGUGUAUCGCGUCACAAUGGCGGUGUGUAUAGCUGUCAUCGCGAAGGAGAACUAUCCUCUGUACAUUCGCAGCGUUCCUACACAGGGAGAACUGAAGUUUCACUACACAGUGCACACUUCUCUGGAUGUAGUAGAGGAGAAGAUCUCUGGUGUGGGUAAAGCCCUGGCUGACCAGAGAGAGCUUUAUCUGGGACUCCUGUAUCCAACGGAGGACUACAAAGUGUAUGGCUAUGUGACAAACUCUAAGGUGAAGUUUGUGAUCGUUGUUGAUUCGUCCAACACAUCUCUGCGAGACAACGAGAUUAGAAGUAUGUUCAGAAAACUACACAACUCUUUCACUGAUGUAAUGUGUAACCCAUUCUACAAUCCUGGUGAUCAAAUUCAAUCCAAGGUGUUUGAUAGUAUCGUUUCAGCUAUGAUGGUGCAGGCUUCCUGAAAUCAUUUCCUCUACUGUAUAUAACUUCACAUCAGUGUCUGUUUGUAAAAUCUGUCAAAUGAAAAUAAAUGUUCAUUCUUCUUUCAAGCUUCAUUCGUGUUUAAUGAAAUGACUUGUGUAUUUGAUUCCAUUUACAUUUUAAGCACUGAAAAAGCAAAAGUACUGAAAUUGACAAAUGUCAGCCUCUCACAGGCACAAUAUUCUUUCAAAGAAAGAAACUGUAUAAAAUAGAAAUAAAAUUGUA